UGUUCAUUUAGAAGAAGCCAGAAAAAACAUAAAUCAACAUGUCCGGUCUAUCAAAUUUGUCCAAUGUCGAUAAAGGCGAAUUAAUGGAACAAGUUAAACAACAAAUUGCCGUAGCUAAUGCCCAAGAGCUAUUGACGAAAAUGACGGAAAAAUGCUUUAACAAGUGCAUAAAUAAACCCGGCACCUCAUUGGAUUCAUCGGAACAGAAAUGCAUUUCCAUGUGUAUGGAUCGGUUUAUGGACUCAUGGAAUUUGGUAUCUCGCGCCUAUGGCAAUCGUCUGCAACGUGAACAACAUAAAAUGUAGAAUGCAGCUUACACCUAAACUCUAUUCUUAAUUUGCAAUAA